AAAGAAUGGAUGCUGGAUAUGAUGCUAUGAAACUUGUUUGCAUUUAAUCUUAAACGGAAUUUUAUUUGGAAACAUGUACUUAGGACGGGCUAAAAAGACUAUUGAUCAACUAGAUCAGAAGGAAUUUGAAGAAAAGACGGCUAAACAUGCAGAACGCGAGUCGAGAAAGUCGGAGAGCGAUGUGGGACAACUGUCCGAGGAUUUUAAAGUGGAUGAGUUACCGGAUGGUGCAUGUUUUCGGCUAAAAACGGUUAAUAUGGACACAGAAGAUCCAACAACAGCAAUAAGAAAUGCAGAGUAUAUUGGAUCUUUCUCAGUGAGUGGUGACAGUCAGUCGUCAAGGACCGAAUUUGUGCAGCAGCAACUGGAAAACAUGCAUAAUGUUGAGAAGAGCAAGAAGGUUGUUCUGGUUAUCUCCCUUUCUGGUGUCAAGGUGUGCAGCAGUAAUGGUGAAAGCGUGUACAUGGCACAUUCCUUGAACCGAAUCUCGUAUGCCGCCUGUGAUCCGGAGCAUCGACAGUUUUCAUUCCUAGCGCGAGAACCAAAGGGCCAUAUCAAAAUCCAGUUUUGCCAUGCCUUCAUUACCAGUACUCCGACAGAGGCAGAAGAACUGAAUACCAUCAUCGGCAAUGCGUUUAAGAUGGCAUAUGCAAAACAAAAAUCCAGCCAGCAGCCAACGUUCCAUGAGCUGAUAGAGCGACAACUGGUCGAACAACGCGCCAAAUUUGAAGUCUACCAAGAGCAGGCAAGUCGUGCAUUACAGCAGCGACUGACAGAGAUCGCGACACCUACAGCAAUGCAGCGUAUGGAGAUGCGUAGGCAGUCAUCCAGCGACGAUUUGCUUGAUGACAAUCGGUCAGGAAGUCCCAGUCCGUCGAGUGAACGGGAUUUUGUCAUUGGAAAGAACAAAGUCUGGUCCACUCUUAGUCGAAUCACUAAAAAGGCAAAGCAAGCUGCAGACCGUGUCCAACACAGGUCGCCUCACCGUGAUGUCGGCACCACGUUCACAUCCUCACAUUCAUCCCCUGACAGCCUCUCCCCGCAGCACCAGCCCGGCCCUGCCCCCCAACAUAAUGGGAACGUUAGAAGGUCUGACCCAGUAUUCUCUAUGACCAAACGAAACUCCAACCCUGUUCAUCUUUCGCCUUCAAAGUCUUCCAGUAUGAAUGUGAAUAUGAAUGUAAAUGCGAAUUUGAAUUCGCCAAACAAGAGAAAUUCUUCACCGCAAUUGACAUCUUUUCAAAAUUUCCAAGUUGUGACUAUACGAGAGUCUUUGGAAAAUAACACAAACAAUUCUCCCCGCUACAAGGGAUCGCCAGUGACGGCGCUGAAGGAUGAGAUAGAUCGGAGGUUCUCAAGUGCAGGGGGUACUGGGACGCUGGAUUCGGGGCUGGGAUGGGGGAUGGGGGAGGAGAUAGGGAGCCUGAACCGCCCUGAUGUGAUUCCCCCACCCCAACAUCUGUAUAAUAAUGAAGAUCAGUUUCACAGUCAAGCCCUACCCCAAGUGUCGAGAAUACAGAACCGUCCCCUCCCUGCCAUUCCCGGUGAGAAUGACGUUGUGUACGACCAUCGCGCAAGUCCGCGUGUGCGUAACUGGACCAGUCUGGAUGAUGAUGUCAUACCCAACCAGACAAGAUCCAACGCACACCCGCGUCUGCGUGACAGUCCGAAACGGCGACCCCAGCGUCCCCAAAGCGAGGUUAUUUUGGACUCGAAAUUUUCAGCUUUCUCAGGGAGCAAUAUUGAUCAGCCUGGUGUGUAUAUUUACGGCUUCAAGUCACACACACAGAGCGAAUUAUCAAGAAACAGUUCCACAGAUCAGACAAGUUUUACACAUAAUAGUUUUAGUCAAGUAAAUAUAUCCUCGGGGUCGCCUAGUAAAUCUAUGCAACAUCAACAACAAAGGGAUGUAACUCAUCCUAGAUACUCUCCAAAGGUGGAGAACUCCGAUCGAUGUUAUUCUCCAAAGGGAGGCCAUUUUGGCCAGCAGGCCAGCUAUGAUAUGCACAGUCUACCAAAUGGGAAAGCUUCACCUCCAAUACAUUUCCAGAAUCAUAAAAGUGGGGAAGAUGUUGAUGGGGCUGUCAGCUCGACAUCAGCAAAGGAGAAAGGCAAAGGACUGGAGUCAUUGAUGGGUCUAGAUCGUAGUCAUAUUGAAGACGAAACCCUGCGGCACGCUUGUUGGUAUCAGGCAGGCAUUCCUAGGGACGUGGCCUUGGAGAUCUUGCAACAAGAGGACAUUGGUUCGUUUAUCGUGCGAGACAGCUCCACACACCCUGGCUGCUAUGCGCUGUCUGUCCGUGUGCCCAAGUUUGAGAAUCCAUCUGGAAUAUCCCACUAUCUCAUCAUGAAGACACCAAGGGGUGUUAAAUUAAAGGGUCUGGAAAAGGAAUGGUCAAACCUUCUGUCCCUUGUCACCCACCACACGGUUAUGCCAGAGAUGUUGCCCUGCCCCCUACGAUUGCCCCGAGACACGUCAAACCCUGCAUUUAACCCAGCUGACAGGGACGAUCGGGAAGAGGAUCCGGAUUACCAACGUUUGGCGGACUUUUCUUCCAUGAUGGAAGCGUUAAAGGAAAAAGAGUGAUUUGCUCUUGAAUACUCUUCAGGAGAAAAUGAGUUUUAUUGCUCUUAAGCCUUGCCUUUGACUGCUCCUAAGAAGACACAGUUUCCUCGGAGAAAGAUUGUUGUGAUCAAGUUGUCAAGGUGUGAUUUUCAAGGGAUAUAAUUUCUAGUUAUUGAUUUUGAAAGUGACUUCCCUUAUUUCAGUGACAUUAACUUUUAAGUGGCAAUAGUUGAUAUAUAACUUCAGAAAUAAUGGAGUAUUUCUUGUGCCAAUUUCUUUAAGAGGACAUUUGCAAUGCCACUUUGGUGGAUAACAGUCUUUGUUAAUCUGUCCAAAGGCCAAGCUUAGUUGUUUGUUAUAGUUUACAGAUUAAAAUCUGUGUGAAAGUAAACAGACAGUGAAAUGAGUAAUUAACUACUUAGGGAUCCUGAAAAUAUUUUGUGCAAUGUUUUAGAAAACUUUUGAAGGGCUAUGGUGAUAGUUUUUCAUUUAUAAGUGGAGGUGUUUAGAUUUCAUACUGUGAUCAAAGAAUUCAUUCUACUUGUAUGAUUAUUACAGAAAAUCGUAGACAUGUGCAUUGUUUGUAUGUAUUUAUAUUCAUUUGUGAUAUGACACAUUUUUUACUCUUACCUAAGAUAAUGUUAUAAGCAAAGUCUUCAUCUAACACUUGCCUAAGAUACAUAGUGAAGAAAUGUUAUCAUUUUCACAACAUUUUUGACUCUUGCAUUAGAAAAAAGGCCAGCAGUCUUCAUCUUAAAUAACAUUUUUGACCUUUGCCGAAGGUAAAUUGGCAAUAUCUUUCAUUUUUACAACAUUUUCAACUCUUGCGGAAGAUAAAUAGGCAAGAUGUCUUCAUCUACACAACAUUUUUUUACUCUUGCCGAAGAUAAGUAGGCAAGACGUCUACAUAUGAACAACAUUUUUGACGCUUGCCAAAGAUAAAUAAGCAAGUAAAGUCCUCAUCUACACAUUUUGUACUCUUACAUAAGAUAAUGUUAUAAGCAGUCUUCAUCUAACACUUGCCUAAGAUACAUAGUUAAGCAAUGUAAUCAUUUGCACAAUAUUUUUGACCAUUGCAUUAGAUAAAAAGGCCAGCAGUCUUCAUCUUAAAUAACAUUUUUGACCUUUGCCGAAGAUAAAUUGGCAAUAUCUUUCAUUUUUACAACAUUUUCAACUCUUGCUGAAGAUAAAUAGGCAAGAAGUCUUCAUCUACACAACAUUUUUUACUCUUGCCGAAGAUAAGUAGGCAAGACGUUUACAUAUGAACAACAUUUUUGACGCUUGCCAAAGACAAAUAGGCAAGUAAAGUCCUCAUCUACACAACAUUGAACAGUCUUUCAUAUGGAGACCUAAGGUCUUUAGCUAAAGGGAGGCUAUUCACAUCAAUACCAAAGUAUAACUUGAAGUAUUAACUCCCUUUGAUAUAAAAUGUGCUUUAUGUUUACAGUGUCUGUGUGCUAUUCUGUGAUAUAAGCAUGAAACUUACAGUGAUGUAUGUUAAGAAUUGUAUUAAGUCAUUUUAAGAUAUGUCAGGAAUAAUAAAAGGUGGAUUAGAAAAAUAUUCAAAUAUUAGGUACCUUUAAGAAUAGUUGUAAAGAAAAUGAAGAAUUUUAUCAUGUAGACAAGGGUAGAAAAAAUAAUUACAAACUGGAGUUAAAAUCUCAUCUUUAGAACAUAUAAUGAAAACUAUAUUAAAUAAUAUAAAUUUUGAUUUGAAAAAAUAACACUUUGCAUAAAUACUGUAUUCAAAUACAUCUCUAUCAGAAAAAAAAACAAAAUAAAAGAAAAACAUAUGACCUUCUUCAAUAUUACCAUUUAAUAAAAAAAUGCAUUUAAAUUGAGUGGUUUAUUUUCUGACCAGUAGGAAUUGAGUAUUGUUAUAUAACAUGUGUGUGAUGGUUAUAUAAAACUGGAAACAAGGUGCAUCGCAUCGCAUGUGAUCAAGUAUCUUCUGUAUUAUGUAUGUAUUAAGAUGUGUGUAAAUUAUUAUUGAUAUAUUCUAGUCAUUCAUGUUUUGUACAAUACUAUGUUGUUAUUAUUAUAUGUAUCAAAUCCUUUAUAAUGUUAUUGCCAUAUUUAAGAUGUUAUAAAUAAAACUGCAUCUUCUAAUAAUAAUGGUAAAUAAUGGUACUGAACAUGUUAUCUUAUUCGAAGCAUAAUGGGCGGAUUGUUGAAAUGUUCAGAAUUGUGUUAAAGUUAACUUUAAGGUCAAUGUUUACUUUCAAAUUUUUACUGCUUUGGAAGUUUAAUGAAUGCAAUAUUUCUAAUAAGAUUUGAGACAACUGUUUCAGCUGUACUUAUUUUAUAGAAAUUCAUGAGCACAGCAUCAAAUAUUGCUGUUUAAAAGUUAACGAUAUUGCCUUUAAUGAUGUUGCAUGUUUAAAGUUAACAAUGAUGCGGUUAACAAUGUUGUUAACGUUAACAAAGUUCCAGACAAUCGGCUCUUGAUCAUUUCAGCAUUAUAAAAGAAAAGAACUGUAAUUCUGAAUAAUUUUUUAUAGUAUUUAACACCAAUUAGCGUCUUAAAACAUCAAAUCAGCUUUAAACAAUGGCUAAAUUUUAUAAUCAUUUUUGUAAAAAAAAUAUCAUUUAGAAUUCUUUAGAAAAGUCAUUAGAAAAAAUGAAUUUGAAAGAUAACUGAUUCUUUUUUUAUCUUACCUUCAUCAUAGUAUUUAUUAUCAUGUAAUCAUUUUAAAGGAGAAUUAUCACAGUUUUUAAAUGGUCGUCUGUUCAGUAGGCUUAUCAUAAUGAAAAACAAAGUCAUUUUAAACUUUAGUGCCUUUAUGCUUUUUAAAUUUAUUUUCUAAUAAUAAAGUCAAUACUUUGUACAUAAAUCUUUUAUUUUCCUCUGUGAAUAGUUCUGUUACAAUAAGUGGUGUUCUCAAUGGACUGCAAUUUAAUGAUGUAAUAUUUUGUUUUGUUUUCAUACCUUAAGUUUUUGUACAAGUGGCAAAAUGGUAUUCUUUUCUCUUUUAAGGGAAAUUGAUAUUAAGUCAAAAUAAACAAUAAUUAUCACCAAAAUUUUACAAAUUUAAAUCUGAUGUCAAGUUUCUUUGUUCGAGUAGAAACUGUUUUUAAUACAUAUGUUUUAGCAAAUUUUUGACAUUUUAUGUUUAUUUAUUUGUGGUUGUUUCAAGUCUUUGGUUAGUUGAUAAUUGUUUCUUGCCCAUAUUGAAAUAAAAGUAUUGAAAUCCA